GUUAUUUUAGGAGGAUGGUUUCACUGAAGCGUCACCGGUGGCCUGUGCUGAUGGAGAGAUGGACGGUAUUUAAGCCGCCCGCCAGCCGUUUGCUGCCACGUUAGGGCGAAGCACCGAGGCUUGGAUUCGAGAUGCCAAACUGGGGAGGAGGUGCGAAGUGUGCAGCCUGUGAGAAGACGGUUUAUCACGCCGAGGAGAUCCAGUGCAACGGGAGGAGCUUCCAUAAGACCUGCUUCAUCUGCAUGAGCUGCAGAAAAGGGCUGGACAGCACCACGGUGACAGCGCACGAGUCUGAGGUUUACUGCAAAUCCUGCUACGGCAAAAAAUAUGGUCCAAAAGGCUACGGAUACGGUCAGGGAGCUGGAGCCCUAAGCUCCGAUCCUCCAGGACAGAACGUGGACCUGCAGCCUCAUGACUCCAAACCACAACCAGCCUCUUCGAACUCCAGCAGCAAUAAAUUUUCCCAGAAGUUUGGCGGUUCAGACCGCUGCCCUCGCUGCUCCAAAGCCGUCUACGCAGCAGAGAAGGUGAUGGGAGCCGGGAAGCCCUGGCAUAAAACCUGUUUCCGCUGCGCCCUGUGUGGUAAAAGCCUGGAGUCGACCACAGUGACGGACAAGGACGGAGAGAUUUACUGCAAAGUUUGUUACGCCAAAAACUUCGGCCCAAAAGGGUUUGGACUGGGGAACGCCGCCAUGUUGGAGGAGCGACAGUGAAAAACCUCACCCUCACGGGGUCACGAGGCAGCCGUUCCCGUGGAGACUUUACCUUCACUCUGGAUGGUGUUCGAGAUACACGACAGACGCCAUACUGGGCAUCCAAAUCCAGACAGCAGUUAAGCAAAGUUCCAAAGUCAGUAUCAUCUCGGAAAAAUGUUAAAACUGUUCCUUCUGAGUACAAAAUAAAACAGUUUUGUUAC